CGGGGCUGCGGCUGAGGCGGCGGAGGAGCGCGGCGGGCGGUGAGUGAGCGGGGCCGGGCCGGGGGGGGGUCCCCGGCCCCCAGCAGCGCCCCCCGGCCAGGCCUGCCCGAUCUCUGCCGCCUGAAGAGCCCCCGGUUCCCCCCCGCCCCCGCGCCAGCGUCAUGGAGGAGCCGCGGUACCUGCAGGCUGACCUUGCCUUCCGGGGCGGGGGGCACACCGUCCGGCUGCGCCUGGCCCCCGCCGCGCUGGGGGUGGAGGUGGAAGCCCACGGCACCAUGGACCAGUGGAGGGGCGAGUUCGACGCCGCCUUCAUCGAGGAGCUCACCCACAAAACGGGGAAUUUCAAGCAAUUUGGGGUUUUCUGCAGCAUGCUGGAGUCGGCGCUGACGCAGAGCAGCGAGUCCGUCAGCCUGGAGCUCCUCACCUACGCCGACCUGGAGGCCCUGCGCAGCCGCAAAGUGGGGGCCAUGCCCCGGCCUCCCCCCUCCACCGCUUCCCCUCUCAAUGCCAAGCGCUACCUCAUCCUUGUCUACUCCGUCGAGUUCGACAGGAUCCACUACCCGCUGCCGCUGCCCUACGCCGGGAGGCCGGAUCCUGCUGCGCUGCACCGCCUGGUGCGGGAGCUGCGAGAGGAGCUGGCGCGGCUCCGGGCUCGGCGCAGGGACGAUGGCCGAGAUGCCGAGAUCCGGCACCUGCAGGACGGGCUGCGGCGGGCGCUGGAGAAGCGGGCAGCAGAAGCAACGGCACUGCGGAGGAUGAAAGACGAGCUGGCGCGGGAGAAGGCCCGGCACCAGCGCGAGCACCGGCAACUGGCUGCUGAGCUGGCGGAGGUGAAGGCGUCGGAGCGGAGGCUGCAGCAGCGGGUGAAGAGCCUGACGGCCGAGCUGGCCUCCUGCAAGAGGGGCAGCCACCGGACACCCGUCGGCACGGCCAGCCGUCCCCAGGAACGACGCUCGGCGUCCCGGGAAAGCCGCCGUGGCGGCCAGGGCCGCCCCCCGUCACGGUCCCCAUCACCCGCAGGCUCCCGCCCGCCGCGCUUUGACCCCACGGCCUUCGUCAGGGCCCGUCAGCGGCGGCAGGAGGCCGGGCUCAAAAACCAGCGGCACGGGGCAGCUUUCGGCAGCGCCAGCCCGGCGAGGAGCCGUGGUCGCAGCUCCUCGGCCGAAAGCUUCCGGAGCCGGCGCUCGGCGGUGAGUUCCAGCAGUGAAGCUGAUGAGCGGUCCAAGCCCCUGCCCCCCAGAGGCAGGAGGGAGACCCGCGCCCAGAGAGCUCUGAGUACCUUAUCUUGGAACAGCCCUGGCGUGGCCCCCCGCCCGGCUGCCGGCCGCAAGGCGCCCAUGGGCAGCGUAGCCAGCGAGCGCCCUGGGAAAGAGAACUGCUCUGAGGAGCCCUCGGCCGAGCUGGCCGAGAUCGACGCCCGGCUGCAGGCGCUGCAGGAGUACAUGGAGAGCCUGGACACCCGCCUCUGACCCCCCCGGGGCGCCUCCACACCCGCUUCGGGGACUCCCAGGGGACCCCUGGGGACCCUCAGCUCCCCCCCUGUGUCCCCAGGGGGUGACAGCACUGGCACAGGGGGGGCAAAUGUCCCCCCAAAUAAACCUUUGUAUGGCCUCAAG